AUGAAAAGCACAACAGUGAUAUUAUCUUUAGUUCUGUGUGUUGCUGCAGUUUCUGGAGAAACGACACCAGAAAAGAUUUCAGAACCAGUCCACGUCACGAAUAGCACUAAUGACUAUGACUUCAAUCAAGCUCUUGUUGACUUUGUAAAAGGAAAGAGUGUAGGACUAUGGUACAAGCUCCUUGAAUUGCUGGAGGAAAUGAAAAAGGAUUGCCCGACUUUCGAAAGCGAGUUUGAGAAAGAAUUCCAAACAGUUCGAGAAUGCGCAGAAGAAGUAAAACUAAACACCAACCAGACCAUAUGUCAAGCAGUAAAAACACAUUUCCACACUUGUAAUAAACCGGUAAGAGAUUUAUUAAGCAAAUGUUUGCCACCAAAAUCCAGAGAUCUUCCAGAAUUGAUUAGUAAAAUUGUACUAACCGUAUUUGAUGAAGCAUGCCAAUCUACAGUAGAACAAAUUUUAGAAUUGAUGAAUCCAUGUCAAUUUACAACUGAUUUUGCCAGUCACGAAUCUUGCGUGGCUCUAAGGACUCAGAUUCGUAGCUAUACAGAUACAUUUCCAACCAAACAAUUCGUCUGUUCAUUGAUACCUACUAUUAAAAAGUGCUCCAACGAACGCCAUGUUAGCGACUGUUCAAAUCCUAUUACAAAAAGAGCCUUCGCAAGAUUCCACGAAGCUAUAGAAGAAGCUACUAAAGAAUUAUGUGCUGCUCCAUCAAAAAAUGAAAUAGCUUAA